ACGAGACAGUGGUCAGAGAGAGCACGGCUAACCGGCGGCCGCCCGUCCAUCAGUUAGCCCAAAUACACCAACGAAAUACCGGCAAAACGACACUGAAUUUGAAAAACGAACAUCCGCCGAUCACCGAUUAUAUUUUUUAAUGCCAAAAUUAAUAAUGGCUUGAAAAAAUCGGUAUAAAUUAUUUGAUAAACGUGCAAUAAAAAGUUGGAAGUGUUUUGUGUAAUUUUAAAAUAAAUUCACAUAAAUAACAAACAAAAAAAUACUGGCAUGAAAUUUAAAAGAAAUUAAACGUCAAAAAUAGUAACAAUUUUCGCGGCAUAAAGUGCGUUCGGAAACUCAAGUUGUUUACAGUGCGACAGUUAUGAAGUGUUAUUAUUGUUUGUGACAUUGAACGUGCUUGGUGUUUGUGGUCAAAGGUGUUUAUUGGCCGCUCAGUCGGCGGAAGCUCGGCGGGCCGCGCGGACAUGUCGCUAUAGACGAUGUUCAGCUUCUUCAAACGGAAAGGCAAGGCCGAGCCGGAAACGGCCGAGCCGCCGCGGGGACACCCGACCGACAACACGUUAAAAUUAACAGCAGUCGACCCGCGCGCGCCACACGAACUCACCAAAACGUCCAAAGAUGUAGUCAACCUGCUCAUACCCGAGACAGACUACCAUCAGAAGACCGGCGUGGGCGCCAUCCUCGAGAUCAUGGCGAGGAAGCGGCGCAAACCGAAGAGGAAGGCGAGGUCAGAGUCCUGCCGCGUCAGCCCUCCCAAAACUAACCUGCAACGAACGAGCUCUCUGUGUGACGCGCGCGCUCCCGACGCGGCCAAAAAUAACGCGCGCGUCGCAGACGAGUCCACGGAGUACGCGAAACCGCUCGUCCCACAACACAAGCCCGAGAAACACGUGUCACUCGUGUACGUAAACGAAACACAGGAGCGCAAUGCCGAGGCACUGCUGAGGCAGAUCGCGAGGACCAUCGACACUGCUGUGGACGAGAUCAACGAGACCAAACAGAUGGGAGGCGCCGACAGCAAACUCAAGGACAAGUACGAGAACACCGCGAUUGAUUGUUACAAGAACGAACUGAAAGGUGAACUAGAGAAGUUGCUGAAGGACGACGUCGACGACGACGCCGAAUCACCGUCCAUUGUCAAGAAAUCAAACAUGAAACCGCCGCGAUCCGACACAGAGGGGUGUUCCGACGACGACCGCUCCGACUGCGGCAAAAAGAAGGUCACGUUCAGAAAGCACAUCAUCUUCGAUGAUGGAGAGCAGCAGACUGACGAGGAAGUUGACUCCUCCUUCGAAUCCCUCACUUCUGGGGAAGAGGAGGAGUACUUGGAGGAUAUGCCGGAAUCGGAAAACAAAACGGUUAUCGACGUUAAAAAUAACGAUGCGAUAACUAUCAAAAUAACCCCUGAGGACGGACUCAAGAGAGUGUACAGUGAUAACAGUGACAGUGGCUUUGUAGAUGAUAAGAAUUGUGCGGAUGACAUCACUAGUGAAGUGAAGAGCUUAGUGAGUGAGAGUGAGACCGAGGAAGAGAUCGUAGAAGAAGUAGAGGAGAUAGAGGAAGAAGUAGAAGAGAUAGAAGAAGAAGUAGAAGUAGAAGAAGUAGAAGAGGAGGUAGAGGAAGAAAUCGAGGAGGAGGAACACGAAGAUGACGAGAAGACCUUGGUCAGUCAAGAGAGCAAGUUCCAGUCGCAAGUGGCUGCGCUCGCCGAGCUCGCGGACUCGCGGGGGACCGAGGCGGACCGCGCCAGGGAUCUCAUCGCCGCCUACAGGAAGCAGAUCGAGGCGAAGGACCAGGAGAUAGAACAGUUAAAAUGCGAGCUUGCGGCAGCGUACAAGGAGUCGGAGCUGGUGAGGCAGAGGAGUCGCUCGCUGGAGGAAGAGCUGACAGCCGCGAGGGGAUGCUCCGCGGAGCUGGCCGACCAGCUGCACAGGCGGAACGAUGAAUCGUUGCGUCAAAUCCGGGCUGAACUGGAAGAUGCCCAGUCGCAGCGGGCGGAGCUGGAGUCGCGGGUGCUGGCCCUGGAGCAGGACAAGAGUAGACUUGAACAGGAAAAGGUCCUACAGGAGCAGAAGGCGCAAGAGGCACUAGCAGCGGCAGAGGCUAACACGGCGAAAUGGCGUCUCGCGCACGAGGCGGCGCGCUCGCAGGCCGCCGCCCGCGCCGAGCGCAUGCUGGCCGACUGCGAGUGGAAGAUGCGCGAGCUAGAGAAGAAGGCCAGGGACGCAGAGAAACAGAAGAAAGAGCUUGCAGAGACAGUAGAACAGUUGAAGGAAGCUCCAAAGCCGACACCAUCACAUGUUGCGGAGCUGCAGCAGCUGCGAGGAUUGGCGACGGAGCAGCAGCGCUCAGUUCAGGCCCUCACGCUGCAACUGCAGCGGGUGGAGACGCGCGAGGAAGCGCUCAAGCUCGAGGUGCAUCGACUGAAGGAACUGUUAGAGAGAGAAACAGUUAGCGGGAAGGAGAAGGAAGAGAGGCACCAGAAGGUAUUAAAGCAACUGGAGGAGCAACACAGCAAGGCCGUGGAGGGUAUAAAGGCGGAGCAGGCGGCGGCGGCGGCGGCGACGCGCGCCGCGCUCGAGCGCGCACACGCCGAGCGAACACGUGCUGCGCUCGCGCAGCUGCGGCAGGAGGCAGAGCACGAGGCCAAGAACGCGGACCGGAAGCUGCGGGAGGUCACCACGCGGUUCGAGAACCUGAAAGAAGUGCUGGCGAGUAAAGAGGCGCAGUUCGAGCACGCCAUCGCGGAGGCGCACAGCAAGGCCGACUGGGACAUCCUGCAGCUGCGCCACCUGCUGGACAAGGCUGACAUCACCUACGCCAACAACAUCGAGCAGCUCACGGAGAGAUUCGAGAAGGAGAAAGAAACUCUCAUAGAAGAAUGGUCGCAGAAGUUAAAAGAAGUAGAAGAUGAAGCUGCGACAGCGGCUGACGAAGCGAAGAAGCUUCUAGAAUCCACCAGAGCGAAGCUGGUCGCUGAGAGAGUUGACCAGGUCAACAAACUGAAAGAGAAACAUCGACAAGAGAUGGCGUCCUUUGCAGACGAUCAGUGGGAACAGUUCAUGACGGACAAGGAGAACUGCCUCGCGCGCAUGAAGAUGGAGUGCCGACAGGAGGGCGAGGAGGAGAGGGUCAAGAGGGAGAAGGAACUGCUGGAGGAGAUCGCUGAGUUGAAGUCUCAAGUGCAGUCCAAGUCGCUUGACUUCGACAACCUGGCGGUGAGAGCGGCCGCGUGUGGCCGCACGCUCGCCGUCACCGAGCAAGAGCUCAGAGAGGCGCUCGCGAGGGAGAAAGAGUUGCGAGAGAAGAGAGCAGAAGAUGCCGGCAAGCUGAAGCAAGCGGAGAAAGCGUCCAAGGAGCAGGUCGAGCACCUAACGCGAAAGUGUGCAUGUCUCAGGAAACUUUUUGACGACAUGCGCGCGCGGCUGACGGCCCGCGAGCGCGCCGCCGAGCAGGACUCCCGCGCCAAAGACAAGGAGCUGCACCAGCUGCGCGGGGAGGUCGCCAGGCUCACCAAGAUCCUCGUGGAGCAGAGCGCCCCAUCCCUGGGCGCUAGGACCCGCGCGGACGGCUGCGAGACCGUCUCGCCCGAGGAGCCGGCGAGCAAGCCUGAGCCACAGCGACGCAAGGGGGGAUCUCUAAGGACUCCCGAACUGAGCCGGAAACGGCCGACUUUACCCGAACUUACCGGCUUGCCGCAGCCGCGCCUCACACCCGUAGAGUUUGAGAACGGCCGCCGAAGAGCGAAGAGCGUCGACCUCCCUGCAGUCCAGGUCCCAGUCAGAAUAAAGCAAUUGGAAGAAAGGAGUAAAGAGUGAAUUGUGUUACUUAGUGACACAAUCCUAGUACUAUUAAUAAAAGUUAAAAGAUGAGUCAAUGUUCUUUCUCACCUAUGAAAACGACGUUGAGAUUUUAAAGCCUAUUAGAAAUGCAGAUAUAAAGGCUAACAAGCCUUUCCGACGCCAUUUCGUCGCUGCUGUUUUGUUUUUUGUUGGUUGAACGGGUUGUGUUGCUAAGUUGUCUUCGACCACGGACCAAAAGCAGGGCUGACUGUAAUAUUAUUUUUUUAAUCGGGCAAAGGAAAUUGACCCCGCUGCACCAGAUGUUAGGUGGAGUCGGAUCCAAUAAACUGUCGACUGACGAGAGAUAAUUACCCCUCGGCCGUCGACACAAUUAUGCAGGCUUGUUGGAACCGAAUAUACACAGGCUGAUCCCGGAACGCGACACACUUUCGUGUUCCACAAUGGCGGGUUUAACACCUUCUGUAGUGGUCUCUGUAUGUUUAAUAGUCUUACAGGGAGAAAGUUAACUAACUCCAUGUCCCUCACACCAAACUACAGGUAGUGAGGAACUUACUACUCGGUGUAUUAGAGCCAAAGUUGAUCCCAUAACUUUAUUAAUAUUUGCAGUUUUUGCUUAAGUCAAUAGAUUAUUACAAGUUCCUAUUUAACCGUGUCAAAUUGCCUAAACGGGGGGGACGAAUUACGUAUCAAAUAGCGGAAUCACCCCCCCCCCCUCACCCUAUGUGAGACACAACAUUCUUAUGCUAAAUAUAAUAAAGCCUAUUUUAAAACAUUAAAAAAAUUGCCUAAAAGAGUAACAAUCUUUUGGUCCGUGGUUGAGUGUGAUGUAUUAGGACAUUUCUACCCUCGAAUUAGUGUAAGGUAACAGCCAUUGUUACAACUAGACCUGAUAUUAGAAAUUUCUAAGUAAAGGUUUUUAUUUUGGAAUGAUUCUGAUGGUGACCUUAGGGUCUAUACCUACUUAGUGACAAUUCGCCUUUAUCAUCAUAAAGGAAACUACAUCAAAAUUUAUUAGUACUUUAUACUCUUUUAAUAUUCAAAAAACGGAGUCAAAUUAGAAGUGAAAGGGUAUGUAAGUACUUGCCAUCAGAAAAAAUAUCAAACGAACUAAAAUCAUGAACAUUUCAUACAAAUUAGAUAGUUUAUCAUGUUUAGUUGUCCGUAGGUAUAUUCUCAUGCAAUGAUUGAAUAAAUGUUUGCAAAUGUUUGAUUCUGAAUUGUUUUAGUGUGCUAAGAACAGGUAAACUUGAGCUAUUUUUUAAUUAAGACAUCACAUGUUGUAUAACUUUAAUAUAUUAACAAUUACAGUUUCAAAACUUCAGGUUUAAAACAAUGGCGGAUUAAGGUUAAGUUCGUAUAUAUUUAAGCAUUAUUUAGUUUCGAAUAUACAAGUUACGUUGUAUGUAAUCGUUCUGUAAAUAUUACAUUUUUGUAAUAAAACUAUUGAAAAGUU